ACAUCCUAAAAACGCUCUGCUCUAGCUACGCCUGGUGCGUUCCGCUGGAACCUGGGGCCGUAAACCGGCGUUCACGCGGUCGGCCAUGCAUCGCCUUGCGUCGCGGAGCGAAGCCAACGGGCAAUCCGUCCUAGGCUCCAAAUAAAAUGCUCUUGUUCCAUCUCAGGGUUUCCGUCCUUAGCCAGGGGUGGUUUUCACAGGCCUGAAAUCAUUCCCGCGGCAUCUGCAGCCGUUACAGGUAUUUUCACAGGCCUGAAAUUUCGCUCGCGUUUCGUUUUGCUCCGGGCCGCGUUUGUCCUGUGGCUACUAGACGCGGCAAGCAUAAGCGGAUCAGGAGCAGGGGGGGAGGCGGGUGUAAAUAGAGAGACAGGCGCAUGAGCUGCUUUUGUCCGGACGCGGGCGACUUUAACGAUCUGUCGCCCAGAGAGUCGCGGCCAUGCGACGAAGCUGCGACCGGCUAUGACUCUCCGGCCAUUGGCGGCCACCGUCAGCGCGAAGCCACGUCAGCUGGGGACACGUCACCUCCUGCCGAAUCUGGUUUUCCGAACCAUGCCAUUCCGCCUGAUGCGGUUGCAGCGUCGUGUGUCGCCCUACCAGGCACUGCUCUCCUUCCCUUGGCAUCUUCCCCUCACAUUAAAUCGCCUACCGUCGGCGGCUUCCCCUUGCGCCGCAGCCGCAGCCGCCGUCGCGCUCCUAAGCGGAACUCGAACGGUGUGAAUGAACACCAGAAGCAGCAGCAGCAGCAGCAGCGAGACCAGCAGCAGCAGCAGCAGCAGCAGCAGCGGCAAUGGCAACCAUGGUUGCGGGGCCGAACCCCCCCCCAGCAGCACCAGGACGGCGGAAGCGGCGGGGACAGCGCACACGCGGAGGUGGCGGAGGCGGAAGGCGACGGGCACGCGCGGGACGUGUGGGAGGCGGCGGAGGACAACACGCUAGGCGCAUGGGCGCACCCCGUCUCCGCCUCCCUCCGCUUCACCCGCACGGCGCUCACGCGCAGCAGCAGCCGCGCGGUCGCGUCUAUUAGGGACGCGCAGUACCUGCUGUGGCACUCCAUGGGGGGGGGAAGCGGGCGGGAGGGGGCGGGGUCGAGCAGGCGGGACAUGGGCGCGGAAGCGGACCAUGCGGUGCGCCUGGCGCGUACGAGCGAAGGGCGGGAGGAGGGGGAUGGGGAUGGGGAGGAAGAGGGGGAGGGGGAGGCGCAAAAGAAGGGAACGGAGAAGCGAAAGGGGGUUAAAGGAGAGGCGGACAAGGGCGGGGAAGGGCAUGGGACGGAGAAGGUUGAAAGCGGUGCAGUAGGGGUUGAAUCGGUAGGGCUAGGUGGGGAGGGGAAAGUGGGAGUUGGGAGGCGGAAGUCGGACGAUUGGGGGGGGAAGCAUAGAGACGCGAAGGGCGGAGGCGAUGCUGGGGCUAAGGAGACUGUCGCACAGGGGAGUGUCGCACAGGGGAGUGUCGCACAGGGGAGUGCCGCACAGGGGAGUGUUAAUCAGGAGAUAGGUGUACGAGUGGUGCACGGGCCUCCUGUUGCUACGUGUACAGAAUCCCCACUUUAUGACAGGCGCGCGGAGAUGGCAGAAGCACGCGCAGGCGGCCGCCAGGCGAAUGGGGAUAGGGUGGAGGGUGGAAUGGGUGCGAUAGGGGAUGGGUUGGGGGCUUCAGAGGAUGCGGUGGGGCCAGCAGAGGGUGCGGUGGGGGCAGCAGGGGGUGCGGAAGGAGAAGCAUCAGGCUUUGCUGCUGCCGCACAGAGGGACGCGGAUGGAGGCAAUGCAGCUGUGGUUAUGCGUCCGUGUGGCAGAUCGGAGUGUGACGGUAGCGAAGGCCGCGCGGCUGGCGGACUGGGGGCUGGGGUUGACUGUGGAUGUGACAGUAACGAGCGGUGGCAUGCUGAGGGAAGGUCGAGCACAGUUCCACGUGCAGGGGAUAAUCACGUGCGCUCCUCCUUUGUGCCGGCUCCGGCAAGCACCCCUGCUCUGGCUCAUGCCACCAGCCCCAGCCGCAACGGCAGCAGCAGCAAAGGUGAAGCCGGGGGGGGCAGUGGGAUAGGGGAGGCAGCAGCAGCAGCAGUGGCAGCAGUGCGCGUAGGAUUGGAGCCGGUAACAGAAGGGGAAGCAGCAGGUGGGGAUCCCAAAGAGAAUGGGGGUUCGGGGAAUGGGGGUUUACAGUGGGAGAAUGGUGUACAGAGGGUUUCAGAGGAGGUACUAACAGAAAUGAUAGCAGACGGGAUAGAGCGGGAGACGGAGGAAGAAGGAGAGGUGGUCGGGGGAAAGGAGCAUGGGAGGUGGCAUGUUGCAGGUGAUGGUGACACACUAUCGGACCUCAGAUCAGAGCAGCAGCAGCAGCAGCAGCAGCAGCAGCAGCAGGCCCCUCACUCCUUUUUGCGUCCUGGGGUGAAUCCUGGGGUGCCGGCCCGGCUGAUGCUGGGUCUGGAGCAUUCGGGAGAGGUGCUCAUGUCGCACUCCCACUCGCAUACACACUCGCACAGGGGGGGGCGAGCGCAUAGCCGGCUCAAUGGAGGCGGGCGUGGUAAGGGGCAUGAUGGCAGGCAAGAUGGGGAGAGGGGCCCCGCGAAUGGGGGGUUGGAAGCAAGGGAUGUGAUUAGUCGUGCUUUCUCCUCUGUUCUCACAUUGGACGAUACGGAUGAUGAUGAUGAUGAUGAUUACAAUGAUGGUGAUGGUGGUGAUAGUGAUAGUGAUGGGGGCGGUCGCAAUGAUGGUGCAGGCUGUGGCGUAAACAGGAGUGGUUUGAACGAGGGCGAGGAGCACGAGAGUGAAGACAACAGCCCUAGCACGCUGCUGGACGGGCGUGCCACGCCAACGGCUCCUGCGAAAUCAAACACUCGUGAAUCCUCUGCCACUUCUCCACUGCCUGCUGCUCUCCAUGCGGCUGCCACACCCUCUGCUGCAUCCUUUGCUGUAGAAGGUCCUUCCUCCCCCUCCCCUGUCCCCGCGAAUGGCUCCGUAACCCCAGCGACUGCCCGCUCUCUGGUCCAGCGAAGCUCCAGUGAGCCCACCGUCGGGGAGGGCCCACGCGGUAACGCGCAGGGGGAGCAGGGUCAACCAGGGGUGGUGGCGCGGAGAAGCCCUCUGGGGUUGCAGCAGCACACGGGUCGGACUGACGGACGCAGGGACGCUGCUGGUGCUCUUUCCACCACUGCUGCUGCUGCUCCUGCUGGUGCUACUGGUGCCGCCACCGCCGCCGCCGCUGCUGCUGGGGGUAGAAGUGGAGUAGUGGGACGGGCAAGUGGGCUGAAGGGAGGGGGGCAGUUCAACGAGAGGGGGUCGAGCUAUUCCAGGCUGGGAGGGGCUGCUCCCAUCCCAGCCAACUCGCUGGGUGGUGGGGUGACCCCAUCGAAGCUUGUGCGCGUGCAGUCCCUAGAGCAGAGACUCCUGCAGGAAGCGGAACUUGCCGAUGCUGCUGCCAUGUAUGCUGCUGCCAUGGGGCCUGGAGGCUCGGUAGGAGGUUCUGUGGGGGGUUCGGUGGGAGGUUCGGCAGGAGGGGAGUUCAGUCCGGGGAGAAGCGCCGCAGCUAGGCAAGGGAUGGCUGGAGCUGCGGACUGGGAUAUGGAUAUGGGGUAUGGUAGCGGCCCGAGGGAGGGCGAGGAGGGAGUGGGGAGGCGGGGGGGUUGGAGUGGAGGCGAGGAGGAGCGGGCGCUUGCUGCUGCUGCUGAGCGGCGGAGAGUGAGACUAGCUGCUAUGAAGAGCGGGAGGGGAGGCAGCAGGGGAGGGAGCGGGGUGGGUGAGGAGUCUGCAGAAAAGGGGCAGUCGGGGCAAGGAGGACUGUCGGGUCAGUUAGGGCAAUCGGAGCAAUCGCGGCCACUUCAGUAUGGGUCUAUGCGAGUGGGCGGCGGAGGCAGCAGUGCGGGUGCGGGUGCCGGUGGGGGUGUGAGUAGCAGCAGCAGCAGCGGCGCUGGCGAUGACCCUACUGCUCCUGCAGGAUAUUCCUUCACCAGGUCUCAAACAUGGGGACCCACGGGAGGAAGAGCAGCAGCAGCAGCAGCAGCAGGAGGGGGAGGGGGAGGGGGAGGGGGCUGGGUGGGGAGUGGGACAGUGAAAGUAGGGGGGGUGGGAACCCGGCGGCGUAAGCCCUUAGCUGCAGAGGUGUUCGCCUGGCCCCCUGCUUCCAGCCCAGCUACCCCUCCUUCCCUCCCUCCUCCCCGUCCUCCCGUCUCAUCCUCCUCACCGCUCUCCAAUGCACCACCCUCUGCCUCUGCGCUCCCCGUCUCUCCCCCCUCUGCUGCUGCCUCUCCUGCCCCGCUCUCCCAUAACAUGCGGCGUUGCCAGACCACAGGGGGUGACGCCCCUACCCCCCCUCCCAGAACCCCUCCCCCCGGCCCCGGCUCUUCUAAGCACCGGCCGAGAAGGGGGAAUACUGGGGAGUGUGGCGGGGCCGAGGGGGGGGGGAGCGCAGAGCAAGCACCAGGGGAGGGUUAGGGCUAGUAGCCCCCGGCCGAAGCUACAACGGUGAGGGGGGUGAGGGGAGUGAGUCAGAGCAGAGCGAAUCAGAGAACGACACGUCACAGCCCUUCUUCUCAGCCCCGCUGGGACCGGAUAUGAGGGCUGGCGAGGGGACCCCCCAGACCAGUGCAAAAAGGGGCAAGGGCAAUGGGAGGGGGGGGUUUGAUGAGGCACGGGAGCGGGAUGAGUGGGGUUUCAGGUGGCUUGGUUGGUGAUAGGGGCGGUGGGGUGGUGCUUGUGCCGGCCGCCAGGCGGCAGCUGGCUCGGCAUCGCUCCGAGCCUGCUGCCAUGCUUGACGCCAUGCUUCGGGCGGUCACCGAACCGGAUGGUUGU